AUUAUAAAUUUUAGUUAAACUGGCAUAUGAAUUUUUUAAAUUCUACAUGGCUAUGCUACUUUGCUUUGGGUCUAUUAUGGAUCCACGGAAGCAGAGGAGCAAAUUUUCCGAGAUUAUCCCAUGAAACAGUUAGAAAUACACAUGCGCAGUUGUUCCGCAUUUCUCCUAAUGUAAUUCAACCCGGAUGUGUGAACAAAAAUCUCAGUUUAAAAACAGUAAUACCAGCUAAUAUAUAUCUUUGUUCUAUACGUCUAGACGAACAAACUGGGAAAUGUGAUAUAUAUCCUUUUGCUCUAGUGCGUGACAUUUAUAACAAAGUUCGUGAUUUAUUAUCCUCUAAGUUACAGAAGAUUCAACAAAACCGUAAAGAUGCUUUUAAUAGUACCCAUCCUCUACGACACCAGAAAUGGGUUAUUACAUUGCAAAAAAAGCGGGGAUUCUUUGGAUUGAAAUAUCAAACGGAACAGAUAGUUAUUGAUUUUAUGGAUAAUGGUGUACUAAAAACACAACAGGGUCAGAAUGGAAUCUGGUGGUAUGAAUAUGGAAAUAUUAACUGGAAAAUAUAUAUGGACCCAUCAGUAAAUGUAGCGACCUAUUUCACUGCCCAGUUUUGCUGGAACAAUUUCGGGAAGUCAGCGUUUAUGAGAAGGGGUGUUGUUUAUCAAGACAGGCCACCAAACGGUUGGUUACCGCAAUAUUUAUUUCGACCUGUAGUUGCCAAGUUCACAGGAGAGGGCAUUGUUUGACUAAUGUAUAAAUAAAUCAAAAGGUUAUUAGUAAAUUUAUCCGCUGAAACAGCCAUUUAAGAUAUAGCCAGAUCGUA